UUUGAAGAAACAGGAAAACAGGACGUCUUGUGUGCGACGUGUAAAUACGUUCGGGUAACCGCUUGUUCUGCUUGAAGAAUGUAAAUACAGGUCACGUUUGCUGACUUCUAAACUCUUGUACUUGUUAAAAUAUACUUAUCAGCUAAAUUAUUAUUUAAGUUGUUGAAUAUUUAAAGGAGAGGUUUCGGGAGACAUUUCAAGUAUGGAUUCGGGAGAUUCAAAGACGAUGCGACUCAGGGAGCUCCCGCCUCUUCCACAGCGAGGGCAGCGAGCUCUCCCCACAUUGCCAAGUCAAGACACAUCUGGACAACUUCCAGCUUCAAAACAUAAGAAGAAGAGGGUGAGAAAGGAGACAAAUAUGGUUGAUGAUAUGGACGAUCCGGGGAUGGAGAUGGGAGGUCCAGCCAGCAGGAGGGUGUCUGGAAUCAGACAGCAGCUUACCCUUGAACCCAUGUCGGACGCACCUCCACAGAGGAGGAAGAAGAAAAAGAAAACUGCCACUAUAGAUCUUGAGGAUGACCAAGCUGACCUAGUGAAUGGAGACGCAGCGGAUCAGACCAAUGAUGGAGAGGAAGUGGUCAAAAAACCCAGAAAGAAAAAGAAGUCAAAUGUCAUUGAAUCACAGCCUCUCGAUGAGUUGGAUUUAGAAGAGGAUGAUAUUGCAACAGACGCUCUGCCCCCUAUCCCCCAGCAUUCUCUGUUCUCAGCCCCACAGGGUCAGAGUCUGCCAGUCAGGAAGGUCUUUGUAGAGAGGAACAAGCAUUUCCAUGCAACAGAGCGCACAGACCGGAGGCAGACCAGCGACCAGAGAGAUAACAUGACAGACUUCCAGCACACGCAGCCGCUCUGGACCACCAGAGAUGUGUCUGUCAGUGUGCACACAGGCUUCAGGGUUCUUGGUCUGUACUGUCAUGGCUUCUUGGCCGGCUUUUCUGCAUGGAACAUUGUGGUGGUGUACAUGCUAGCCGGGCAGCACCUCACCACGCUGUCCAACCUACUGGAGCAGUACCACAGCCUGGCUUACCCCUCCCAGUCUCUGCUCUAUAUGCUGUUGGCCAUCAGCACUGUGGCCACCUUUGACAGAGUGAACCUGGCGAAAAGCACCAUGGCUCUGCGAGAGUUCAUCACACUGGAACCUAUGGCUCUCGCCUCAUUCCUGUAUUUCUCAGCGUUGGUCCUCUGUUUGAGCCAGCAGAUGACCAGUGAUCGAAUCAACCUCUACUCAUCCUUCAACACAACAUUAUGGCCUCCAGGUUUAGAACACCAGCUUCUCCACCCGUGGGUGACAGUUAACCUGGUAGUGGCGUUGUUCGUGGGCCUGGCUUGGAUCUUUGUUGUCAUCCAUCCUGAAACAGACUACACUGAGGGUUAUCUGAUGACCAUGGAGACUGAGCCUCCCAAACCAGAGGACAAAUUAGAAAUGGCUGCCUGAGAAAAAAUGACUGUAUAUCUGCUCCAACACUACAGCUUUUCAUUUGCACACAUUUCUGCAGUGUAUUUUGUCACUGUAUUUUGAACUCUGGAUGUGUUGUACUCUAGACUAUUAUUUAUUUUUGACAUAUGAAUGUGCUUAUCCCUUUCUAAAUAUGAGGUUUUAUCCAACAUGUUUUCAUUUCAUAGAAAAAGAAGAAAGCACCAGAGUACUCAGGAAAUUCAGUUCACAGAUGUCGAAAGUGCUCAAGGUCACUUUAAAAUUUCGUUAUACAUGUUACAAUGACAGUAAAGGAUUGUUUUAUUUCAUUCUAAUGUUAAUAAGCACUUCAUUAAUGGGCUUUAGUCCAGAUGUCCUGCAUGAGUCUAACAGUACAUGGGAAAGCUUUGACUAAUUAAUUAAAGCUAAAACAAAACAGCAAAAUGUCAAACUCUGAGGAGAAUUUAUUAGCAGCCCAAAAGUUGUAUGCAUUAAUUACUUAUAUCUAAGAUAAUCUUUUAUUGUCAUUGUAACAGGUACAAUGAAAUUUUGGAGUGACCUCCAGUCAGUACACCAAUAGAA